AUGGGAGUGGGUGAGAAGAGUUGGAUAGAGAGAGGGAGGAAAGGUGUGGUGGUGGUGGUGGUGGUGGUGGUGGUGGUGGUGGUGGUGGUGGUGAAAAAGGGGUUGUGUAAAUGGAGGGAUGUCGAGAUGUGUGGGAGGCAAGGUCUCAUCUCUGGAGUCCAUAAGAACUACUGUCUACUCCAGCAACAGCUCCAGCAACAGCUCCAGCAACAGCUCCAGCAACAGCUCCAGCAACAGCUCCAGCAACAGCUCCAGCAACAGCUCCAGCAACAGCUCCAGCAACAGCUCCAGCAACAGCUCCAGCAACAGCUCCAGCAACAGCUCCAGCAACAGCUCCAGCAACAGCUCCAGCAACAGCUCCAGCAACAGCUCCAGCAACAGCUCCAGCAACAGCUCCAGCAACAGCUCCAGCAACAGCUCCAGCAACAGCUCCAGCAACAGCUCCAGCAACAGCUCCAGCAACAGCUCCAGCAACAGCUCCAGCAACAGCUCCAGCAACAGCUCCAGCAACAGCUCCAGCAACAGCUCCAGCAACAGCUCCAGCAACAGCUCCAGCAACAGCUCCAGCAACAGCUCCAGCAACAGCUCCAGCAACAGCUCCAGCAACAGCUCCAGCAACAGCUCCAGCAACAGCUCCAGCAACAGCUCCAGCAACAGCUCCAGCAACAGCUCCAGCAACAGCUCCAGCAACAGCUCCAGCAACAGCUCCAGCAACAGCUCCAGCAACAGCUCCAGCAACAGCUCCAGCAACAGCUCCAGCAACAGCUCCAGCAACAGCUCCAGCAACAGCUCCAGCAACAGCUCCAGCAACAGCUCCAGCAACAGCUCCAGCAACAGCUCCAGCAACAGCUCCAGCAACAGCUCCAGCAACAGCUCCAGCAACAGCUCCAGCAACAGCUCCAGCAACAGCUCCAGCAACAGCUCCAGCAACAGCUCCAGCAACAGCUCCAGCAACAGCUCCAGCAACAGCUCCAGCAACAGCUCCAGCAACAGCUCCAGCAACAGCUCCAGCAACAGCUCCAGCAACAGCUCCAGCAACAGCUCCAGCAACAGCUCCAGCAACAGCUCCAGCAACAGCUCCAGCAACAGCUCCAGCAACAGCUCCAGCAACAGCUCCAGCAACAGCUCCAGCAACAGCUCCAGCAACAGCUCCAGCAACAGCUCCAGCAACAGCUCCAGCAACAGCUCCAGCAACAGCUCCAGCAACAGCUCCAGCAACAGCUCCAGCAACAGCUCCAGCAACAGCUCCAGCAACAGCUCCAGCAACAGCUCCAGCAACAGCUCCAGCAACAGCUCCAGCAACAGCUCCAGCAACAGCUCCAGCAACAGCUCCAGCAACAGCUCCAGCAACAGCUCCAGCAACAGCUCCAGCAACAGCUCCAGCAACAGCUCCAGCAACAGCUCCAGCAACAGCUCCAGCAACAGCUCCAGCAACAGCUCCAGCAACAGCUCCAGCAACAGCUCCAGCAACAGCUCCAGCAACAGCUCCAGCAACAGCUCCAGCAACAGCUCCAGCAACAGCUCCAGCAACAGCUCCAGCAACAGCUCCAGCAACAGCUCCAGCAACAGCUCCAGCAACAGCUCCAGCAACAGCUCCAGCAACAGCUCCAGCAACAGCUCCAGCAACAGCUCCAGCAACAGCUCCAGCAACAGCUCCAGCAACAGCUCCAGCAACAGCUCCAGCAACAGCUCCAGCAACAGCUCCAGCAACAGCCCCAGCAACAGCCCCAGCAACAGCCCCAGCAACAGCCCCAGCAACAGCCCCAGCAACAGCCCCAGCAACAGCCCCAGCAACAGCCCCAGCAACAGCCCCAGCAACAGCCCCAGCAACAGCCCCAGCAACAGCCCCAGCAACAGCCCCAGCAACAGCCCCAGCAACAGCCCCAGCAACAGCCCCAGCAACAGCCCCAGCAACAGCCCCAGCAACAGCCCCAGCAACAGCCCCAGCAACAGCCCCAGCAACAGCCCCAGCAACAGCCCCAGCAACAGCCCCAGCAACAGCCCCAGCAACAGCCCCAGCAACAGCCCCAGCAACAGCCCCAGCAACAGCCCCAGCAACAGCCCCAGCAACAGCCCCAGCAACAGCCCCAGCAACAGCCCCAGCAACAGCCCCAGCAACAGCCCCAGCAACAGCCCCAGCAACAGCCCCAGCAACAGCCCCAGCAACAGCCCCAGCAACAGCCCCAGCAACAGCCCCAGCAACAGCCCCAGCAACAGCCCCAGCAACAGCCCCAGCAACAGCCCCAGCAACAGCCCCAGCAACAGCCCCAGCAACAGCCCCAGCAACAGCCCCAGCAACAGCCCCAGCAACAGCCCCAGCAACAGCCCCAGCAACAGCCCCAGCAACAGCCCCAGCAACAGCCCCAGCAACAGCCCCAGCAACAGCCCCAGCAACAGCCCCAGCAACAGCCCCAGCAACAGCCCCAGCAACAGCCCCAGCAACAGCCCCAGCAACAGCCCCAGCAACAGCCCCAGCAACAGCCCCAGCAACAGCCCCAGCAACAGCCCCAGCAACAGCCCCAGCAACAGCCCCAGCAACAGCCCCAGCAACAGCCCCAGCAACAGCCCCAGCAACAGCCCCAGCAACAGCCCCAGCAACAGCCCCAGCAACAGCCCCAGCAACAGCCCCAGCAACAGCCCCAGCAACAGCCCCAGCAACAGCCCCAGCAACAGCCCCAGCAACAGCCCCAGCAACAGCCCCAGCAACAGCCCCAGCAACAGCCCCAGCAACAGCCCCAGCAACAGCCCCAGCAACAGCCCCAGCAACAGCCCCAGCAACAGCCCCAGCAACAGCCCCAGCAACAGCCCCAGCAACAGCCCCAGCAACAGCCCCAGCAACAGCCCCAGCAACAGCCCCAGCAACAGCCCCAGCAACAGCCCCAGCAACAGCCCCAGCAACAGCCCCAGCAACAGCCCCAGCAACAGCCCCAGCAACAGCCCCAGCAACAGCCCCAGCAACAGCCCCAGCAACAGCCCCAGCAACAGCCCCAGCAACAGCCCCAGCAACAGCCCCAGCAACAGCCCCAGCAACAGCCCCAGCAACAGCCCCAGCAACAGCCCCAGCAACAGCCCCAGCAACAGCCCCAGCAACAGCCCCAGCAACAGCCCCAGCAACAGCCCCAGCAACAGCCCCAGCAACAGCCCCAGCAACAGCCCCAGCAACAGCCCCAGCAACAGCCCCAGCAACAGCCCCAGCAACAGCCCCAGCAACAGCCCCAGCAACAGCCCCAGCAACAGCCCCAGCAACAGCCCCAGCAACAGCCCCAGCAACAGCCCCAGCAACAGCCCCAGCAACAGCCCCAGCAACAGCCCCAGCAACAGCCCCAGCAACAGCCCCAGCAACAGCCCCAGCAACAGCCCCAGCAACAGCCCCAGCAACAGCCCCAGCAACAGCCCCAGCAACAGCCCCAGCAACAGCCCCAGCAACAGCCCCAGCAACAGCCCCAGCAACAGCCCCAGCAACAGCCCCAGCAACAGCCCCAGCAACAGCCCCAGCAACAGCCCCAGCAACAGCCCCAGCAACAGCCCCAGCAACAGCCCCAGCAACAGCCCCAGCAACAGCCCCAGCAACAGCCCCAGCAACAGCCCCAGCAACAGCCCCAGCAACAGCCCCAGCAACAGCCCCAGCAACAGCCCCAGCAACAGCCCCAGCAACAGCCCCAGCAACAGCCCCAGCAACAGCCCCAGCAACAGCCCCAGCAACAGCCCCAGCAACAGCCCCAGCAACAGCCCCAGCAACAGCCCCAGCAACAGCCCCAGCAACAGCCCCAGCAACAGCCCCAGCAACAGCCCCAGCAACAGCCCCAGCAACAGCCCCAGCAACAGCCCCAGCAACAGCCCCAGCAACAGCCCCAGCAACAGCCCCAGCAACAGCCCCAGCAACAGCCCCAGCAACAGCCCCAGCAACAGCCCCAGCAACAGCCCCAGCAACAGCCCCAGCAACAGCCCCAGCAACAGCCCCAGCAACAGCCCCAGCAACAGCCCCAGCAACAGCCCCAGCAACAGCCCCAGCAACAGCCCCAGCAACAGCCCCAGCAACAGCCCCAGCAACAGCCCCAGCAACAGCCCCAGCAACAGCCCCAGCAACAGCCCCAGCAACAGCCCCAGCAACAGCCCCAGCAACAGCCCCAGCAACAGCCCCAGCAACAGCCCCAGCAACAGCCCCAGCAACAGCCCCAGCAACAGCCCCAGCAACAGCCCCAGCAACAGCCCCAGCAACAGCCCCAGCAACAGCCCCAGCAACAGCCCCAGCAACAGCCCCAGCAACAGCCCCAGCAACAGCCCCAGCAACAGCCCCAGCAACAGCCCCAGCAACAGCCCCAGCAACAGCCCCAGCAACAGCCCCAGCAACAGCCCCAGCAACAGCCCCAGCAACAGCCCCAGCAACAGCCCCAGCAACAGCCCCAGCAACAGCCCCAGCAACAGCCCCAGCAACAGCCCCAGCAACAGCCCCAGCAACAGCCCCAGCAACAGCCCCAGCAACAGUACAUAAAAGGAGAUCUAGGUGGAAAUCCUGUAUCCAGACGCCGCGGCGAUCCAGACGCCGCGGCGAACCAGACGCCGCGGCGAACCAGACGCCGCGGCGAACCAGACGCCGCGGCGAACCAGACGCCGCGGCGAACCAGACGCCGCGGCGAACCAGACGCCGCGGCGAACCAGACGCCGCGGCGAACCAGACGCCGCGGCGAACCAGACGCCGCGGCGAACCAGACGCCGCGGCGAACCAGACGCCGCGGCGAACCAGACGCCGCGGCGAACCAGACGCCGCGGCGAACCAGACGCCGCGGCGAACCAGACGCCGCGGCGAACCAGACGCCGCGGCGAACCAGACGCCGCGGCGAACCAGACGCCGCGGCGAACCAGACGCCGCGGCGAACCAGACGCCGCGGCGAACCAGACGCCGCGGCGAACCAGACGCCGCGGCGAACCAGACGCCGCGGCGAACCAGACGCCGCGGCGAACCAGACGCCGCGGCGAACCAGACGCCGCGGCGAACCAGACGCCGCGGCGAACCAGACGCCGCGGCGAACCAGACGCCGCGGCGAACCAGACGCCGCGGCGAACCAGACGCCGCGGCGAACCAGACGCCGCGGCGAACCAGACGCCGCGGCGAACCAGACGCCGCGGCGAACCAGACGCCGCGGCGAACCAGAGGCGAGUGUAUAUUCGAAUUCGGGCAUCCACCCCGCCAUUCAAGUGACACAGCACUACAGGACGGUGGUGCACAGGUCUGUGGGGCAGGAGUGUACUGCGGGACCAAGUUCUUUGGCUGACACCGAAGUUGGUACGCCGCGGCGAUCCAGACGCCGCGGCGAUCCAGACGCCGCGGCGAUCCAGACGCCGCGGCGAUCCAGACGCCGCGGCGAUCCAGACGCCGCGGCGAUCCAGACGCCGCGGCGAUCCAGACGCCGCGGCGAUCCAGACGCCGCGGCGAUCCAGACGCCGCGGCGAUCCAGACGCCGCGGCGAUCCAGACGCCGCGGCGAUCCAGACGCCGCGGCGAUCCAGACGCCGCGGCGAUCCAGACGCCGCGGCGAUCCAGACGCCGCGGCGAUCCAGACGCCGCGGCGAUCCAGACGCCGCGGCGAUCCAGACGCCGCGGCGAUCCAGACGCCGCGGCGAUCCAGACGCCGCGGCGAACCAGACGCCGCGGCGAACCAGACGCCGCGGCGAACCAGACGCAGCAGAGAACCAGAGGCGAAGCUACAUGAUUGGAGCAAUGAAGGAACCAUCAGCAUUCAAGCCUGGAAUGACUGUAAUGAAUGAGCCUCCUUGUGUCACUGUGAGAGCUUCUAUCUGGCUUUCCAAAGCAACUUAUGAGGCAGAGAUUUUGCUUUGA